AUGAAUGAGUUUCAAAUAUUGCUCAUUAUAGAACUCGCAUUUUGGGUAACAGAAGGCAGAGUGUACUGUCAGGAUGCGCACGCGUCGCCGUGGAUCCCGCUUGGCUACUCGUGUCCAGUCAUGUGCCAAAACGUCAUCAACGCCAUAGAGAAGUUAAAGAUAAUGGACUAUCGGAAACUGGUCGAGGGGAACAGGAAGAGGAAGCAGAAGGUCAGCGGUAGCUACAUCAAUCAUGUCAUAAACACCGCCAGCUCUGAGAAUUUCGAGUUCGGCAGAAACAAGAGGGCGUCGGCCAAAGACGGUCGCGACUACAGACCAAAGUUCUCCUAUAAGAACGGGAUCAACGGGAAACUACUCGGAGACCAACACCGUAUGAAAAAGAUAAAAAAAGACGAAGAAAUAACGAAAUGGAAACCAGACUACGCUAUAAAGAACGUUCGACAACUCGACAACGUCAUCGGCAACGACAUUGACGGCUCCGACGCGCCAAAACAAGAUGGCGGCACGUCGUUUGAUUACGAAGACGCCGUCUAUGGAGAGAGAUAUGAAAACUUCGCGACGCCUCACGCUUCGGCGUUCCAACUGAACAACACUGGCCACAGCGAGCCGGCUUAUUACGACGCUAAAAAGUACAGCGAGACGGUGACGUUUUCGAAAAUGGCGGGAAGCGAGUUCGAGAUGGCGCUGAGGGGCGCAUUCGGGAACGGGACUUGCGAUUGGUUCAAAGGAAAGCGGCAGUACGUGCUGAUCGAGAAGAUUACCAGGCGGUGCGGCGCGGUCGACAGACGGGACGGCUACGGCGAUGAGUUUUUAAGGACUCUGACGAAGACGAUGAACAGAUUUUCGAAGGCGUCCUUCGAGUUUACUGAGGACAUGGUCGAGCUGAUGCUGGAGAAGGUCUUCGGGAAGGGGGACCUGAUCGACGUGGACAAGCUGCUACACUAUCUGAGGAACGCGGUGAAAGUCCAUAAAACGCACAGACGGAAGGACACCACGAUCGUGCUGAAGCCUAGACACUGCCUGUCCUUGUCUAUGCCGGGAUGCUUCUGUAGGCCGGGGUUCGUGGAGAAGUCGGGACAAUGCGUGCAGCCAGCUGACUGCUUCUCCGAACCAUCGAAUAACGUCUACUUGGCCAGGAUUGUAGUUCAU